UUUACUAUGCACACCUCCAAGGCGGGAAAAUAGAAGAAAAGGUUCAACCCAAAACCCGUUUGUUCACUAAAUGGCCGGCGGUGGAGGGCGAGCGAUAAGAGUACUAAAUGUGGCGGAAAAGCCAUCAGUAGCAAAAGCAGUAUCAGGUAUACUAUCAAAGAAUCAACCAGGUGGUAUGAGAGUAAGAGAUGGACGUUCAAGGUACAAUAAAAUCUUUGAGUUUAAUUACACUAUUUGGAAUCAACCUUGUCACAUGUUGUUUACUUCUGUUACGGGUCACCUUAUGGAACUUGAGUUUGAUGAACGUUACCGGAAAUGGCAUUCCUGUGACCCCGUUGAACUUUACACUGCACCUGUUCGGAAACAUGUUCCUGAGGAUAAGUUGGAUAUUAAAAGGACACUGGAGGCAGAAGCCAGAAGUUGUCAGUGGAUUAUAUUGUGGCUCGAUUGUGAUAGAGAAGGAGAAAAUAUUGCAUUUGAAGUGUUGGAAGUAUGUAGACAAGCGAAUCAUAACCUUAAUGUGUGGAGAGCUCAUUUCUCUGCCUUAAUUGACAGGGAAAUUCACCAAUCAAUGCGGACUCUUGUUCAGCCAAAUCAGUUAAAAUCUGAUGCUGUAGAUGUUCGGCAAGAGAUAGAUCUUCGUAUAGGAGCUUCUUUCACAAGAUUUCAAACAAUGCUUCUGGGAAGUGCAUAUGUCCUUGAUUUUGCAACAGAUGAUAGAAAUCUUGUCUUAAGCUAUGGUCCCUGCCAGUUCCCUACACUUGGCUUUGUUGUGGAGCGGUAUUGGGAAAUACAAGCACAUGAACCUGAAGAGUUUUGGACAAUCAACUGUACUCACAACUCGGAUGAAGGCACUGCUACCUUUGACUGGAUGCGCGGUCAUCUGUUUGAUUACACAUCUGCAGUAACAAUUUAUGAGAUGUGCAUCCAGGAACCCACUGCAACUGUUAGCAAAGUUAAACAGCAGGAGAAACUCAAAUACCCCCCUCAUCCUUUAAGUACAAUUGAGCUUGAAAAGCGUGCAUCCAGAUACUUCCGUAUGAGUUCCGAGCAGACAAUGAAGGUGGCAGAAGAUUUAUAUCAAAAUGGUUUUAUCAGUUAUCCUCGCACAGAAACUGAUCGCUUCUCGGAGAAGACGGACUUGCGGACAAUGGUGCAAGAGCAAGAAGGUCAUCCUGUAUGGGGCUCAUAUGCGCAGCGCCUACUAGACCCUCAAUCAGGACUUUGGAGAAACCCUAGUGGAGGUGGGCAUGAUGACAAAGCCCAUCCUCCUAUUCAUCCAACUAAAUUUUCUGCUGGGGAAUCCAGAUGGAGCCAGGAUCAUCAUAGAGUGUACGAGUUGGUUGUUCGCCAUUUUUUGGCCUGUGUUUCUCAACCUGCUGUUGGGGCUGAAACUAUAGUUGAGAUUGACAUUGCUGGUGAAUCCUUUUCUGUAUGCGGGAGAGUGAUACUUGCAAAAAACUACCUUGAUGUGUACCGAUUUGAAUCAUGGGGAGGUUCAGUGAUCCCAACAUACAAUUUUGGUCAACAGGCCAGCUUGCGUGCACCUCGAUUCCACGGGUUACCUGUUACCUCCCACCAAAGACAGGUACCGGGGGAAGCGCUAGUAAUGGGAUAUGAUGAUAUGGGUUAUGAACUAUGGAAACCAUAUCUCCGUGCUAUGAUGGAAUGUGAUAUGAAAGCCGUUAGCAUAGGAACCAAGAGAAAGGCUGAGGUUCUAGAAACUUGCUUGCAGCAGAUGAAAGCUUGCUUUUUAGAUGCCAGGGCAAACAAAGGAAAGCUCUUUGAAGCCAUGUCUAUCUUCUUUGAAAGAUCAAACAGAUCCACUGGUGGCGAGCAACAAGCAGUUGGCGAUGUUGUUCGGAGAUGUGGACUUUGUCAAGAGUCAGAUAUGGUGCUCAGACAAAAACCGGAUGGGAACUUCAUGGUUGGUUGCUUGGGUUACCCACAAUGCAGAAAUGCUGUCUGGCUACCUGGACCUGUAUCAGAAGCUUCUGUUACCGAGAAUAUUUGCACUAGCUGCAGUCCAGGACCGGUUUUCAAGAUUCAGUUUAAAUUUCGCCGGCUGGAAAUACCGCCAAAUUACAGUGUGCAACAUUUAGGUUGCAUUGGUGGCUGUGAUGAUAUUCUUAGGCAGCUUGUGGAGAUUUGCGGAACUGGUUCUCGCAAUGCUGCCAACACUUCGGGCAGAGGACGAGGAAAUCCUUCAGCAUCCAGCAGUGCACAAAGAAGCAAUUCCAGAGCACAAAGUUCUUGUGCGUACUGCAGGCAAACAGGGCAUUUGUCCAGUGAUUGUCCUUCACAGGCUUCUCGUGGUCGCGCUGCUCGGUCUCAGGAAGUUGACUUGCAAAAUGGAGAACCUUCAAUCCCUUGUAAUUCAUGUGGAGCACCUUGCAUUUUGCGCACUGCCAAUACUGCCAACAACAGGGGAAGAAAGUUCUUUUCGUGUCAAUCACAGGAGUGCAACUUUUUUGUAUGGGAAGAUAACCUCAAUGGAGGAAGAGUAGAGCGUGGAAAUACUUCUGCAUCUACUGCCAGCGGAAGAGGUGGCCGUGGUCGUGGCCGGGGACGGGGUGGUGCGCAUCCCAGUAGUGGGUCAUUUGUGUCGGCAACAGGUGAACCAAUAACUGGCAGAUGUUUCGUCUGCGGUGAUCCAGGUCAUUUUGCUAAUGUUUGUCCACGUCGUGGUUGAUGAAUUUCAAUUCUCUUGCACUAAAGGUGCUUGCUGUGAAUAGGCCACUCUUAACUCCCAGAAUUAGAUUCUUUUUAUUUUUAUUUUUAUGGUACCAUUAUAUGUGUGCUUGAUCAUUGCAAUGUGCCUUGCCACAGAGAUGAUUGCCCUCACUCACAUGAUCACUUGGUCGGCGUAAUUGAUGGUCUCUUCUAAGUUCUAAUAGGAUGUGAACAUAAUGCCUGAACAUAAUGCCUAUCUUGGGUAUAUCGCAGUCUUUGAUACUCCUUUACUUUGUUUAGAGUUUUUUGUUGUGUGUGUGUAUGGAGAGAGAUUUUCUUGGGGUGAAAGGGUAAGCUUGGCCUCAAGGACUGGCGCGUGAUCUCAUGACCUCCUAGUUUACAUAUGAACCUUUGACCAAUGAACGGAGUCAUGGAGCCUCAUACUUCCAGUUCUAGUUUUAGGAAGUUACCUGAGGGACAUGCGUAGCUUCCAUUGAGAUAAACCAAGAAGAUCCUUUAUAAAGUUUUUAAUAACCAAUAUAAGCUUUUAUGUAUUUUCUUCCAGUCCUCUAAUUGGUUUGAGUUUUGUGAAUUACCUUUUCCACUUCCUAGUAAUAUUGAAUUGUUCGGAAGAGAUUUAGGUUCCAA